AUGCUACCAACGCCACACCAGCAGUCUGCAAAGUACAUUCCAACUCCAAUGGAGUUGCUUCUUGGCGGCAACGCCAAAUCGAGCCCUGCUACUGCUGCAACUGCUGCAACUGCUGCGAUGGUCCCGCUGCCCCGACUCCACGCGGCGGCAACAACCGCGGGCACGACGUCGCUCGCCUCGCUGCUGAAUCUCCCGCCACCAAUACCGCUGCAGUCCUUCCAGACAGGAUUGCUACAGCAGCCCAUGCAGCCGGUCGGACCGCCGUCGAUUCUGCUGCAAAUGCUCGAGAAAGGGACGCCGACGGCUGGUGACCACUCUCCAAGCCCACGAGUAGCGCCGCUGUCGUCGUCUGGUCUCGCCACGCCGCCACUCUUGAUAGCCACUUCUGUUAGUUCCACCGAAACAGUGCCAUCAGAUACCGGGUCGCACGAGUCGACAGGCACGCUCGUGCGAUGUGCACCAUGCAGCAUGCAGUUUGCCUCUCAAGCCAAACUCGACAUGCACACCCGGAUUGAUCACAUUUUGUGCGACCUCAACGGUUGUGCGUUUACUGCGUGCAAGCGUGUUGUGAUACGCCAUCGCCAAGACUGCCACCCGCCUGUUGGCAAGACAUUUGUGUGCUUGGACACCCCCGAAGAGAUUGAAAAGUGGCGCGCAGAGCGACGAAAACGCUACCCCACCAACGCUAAUAUGGAAGCAAAAGCUGAGCUGCCGCCAAAGUCCAAAGCAACAAAGCGAGCCAGCGAGAAACGCGUUUCAUCAUCAGCAGUAGCAGCAGCAGAAGAAGAGGGGAAUCCACGCAAAGCGAGUGCGACUAGACAAUCAAACCGACGACGGCAUACAUGCGACAGAAAGCUCCGACGACGACGAUGA